UCCUGAACAGAAACAAUGUCUGGACGUGGAAAGACUGGAGGCAAAGCCAGGGCUAAGGCCAAGACCCGCUCAUCCAGAGCCGGGCUGCAGUUUCCCGUCGGCCGUGUUCACAGGCUGCUGAGGAAGGGCAACUACGCUGAACGCGUCGGCGCCGGAGCUCCAGUGUAUCUGGCCGCAGUUCUCGAGUAUCUCACUGCUGAGAUCCUGGAGCUGGCUGGAAACGCUGCCCGUGAUAACAAGAAAACCAGGAUCAUCCCCCGCCAUCUGCAGCUGGCUGUCCGCAACGACGAGGAGCUCAACAAGCUGCUUGGUGGAGUCACCAUCGCUCAGGGUGGAGUUCUCCCCAACAUCCAGGCUGUGCUGCUGCCCAAGAAAACCGAGAAGCCCGCAAAGAAGUAAAACUGCUGGACUUCACAUCAAACACAACGGCUCUUUUAAGAGCCACCCACAUCUUUCUCAAGAGCACAUUUCUG